AUGCCUUCUCCGUUCUCCUCGACCUUUGCCUCUGCUGCUGCAAGCACAAAUGGAGAUGGUGUGGGAAACAGGAGGGAAAAUGCCACAAACGAAUGGUCGAGAAACCGCGUCAAUGGUGCCACGCAAACCUUCCGCAGACCCUCCCUAGCCACAACACCUUCCCAGUCACAUAUGCAGCAACGCGAAAGCGCAAACAAUGAUGGCGUGUACAUCCCGCCACAUCUGAAUGUGAAUAGCACGUCGCGGCAUGCCCCUUCGAAUGACACUCGCUACGCAAAGGAUCAGAUGCUAGGUAUCUACCAGGCCCUCAGAGAGUCCUCCGCAAUUGACCGGAACCUGGAACAAAUAUUUCUGGGUGGCUGGGAUCCUCUGGAGAACAAGAACGGUGCGGCGAUUCCGGGCGGAAAGGACCAAGUUCUAGGCCCGGAAGUCUGUUGGAAUUACAAUUCGCGCUCAGAACCCCUCGGCUUGAUGGAGAUGACUGAAGAGGAGAAGCAGCUUUUCACGACCUCAGUGAACUCACCGAUAAAGCUGCAACAGAACAGCACGAAAGAUGGUUCGGGACCAGGUGUUAUAGGACGCAAGGCCUCGUUGUCAAGCUACACCAAUACUCCUGGCAGCUCCAGACCGGGAACACGUCGUCGGGACACAAGUGACUCAUUCAUGGGCAAUGGUCCAAUGUCCCCGGCUGAGAACAAAAGCUUCCAGAGAGGCGAGUCAAAUACCGCAACACCUCCACCCGCACUGCUACGUCGACGGACGGACUACAAGGAGGAAGAGAGUACUCCUGCAAAGGAAGAGCUUCAGACCGAUGAGAACGCCGGCGACGCCCAGGCUUCAUUCCCCGGCUUACGACGAGCCGGCACUGGGCCACUUAGUGCUGGCAUCAAUCCUCCCUCGGCGUCACCUUGGUCUGCCGGAACUCAAGGAUCUGCUUUUGGGUCCAUGGGCAACUUUGGGAGUUUCGCCGUCGGCUCCAGCACUGCGCCCGCCGAAUCCAGCGAAAAGAGACCCGGCUUUGGUAGUGCUCGGGGGGCCAGCCGCUUCAAGGAUUUGUUGUCCAAAACAAGCUCGGAGGAUAUAUCACAAAGCAUCAGAGACAAAAGCUCUUUCGGUGCCCUGGAGAAACUGCCUGAAGAGGACGCCGAUGCCGCUCAUUCAAGGUUCCGGGACGAGCUGAAGACACGCCCUGGUCGUAGUGAGACCAAUCCAUACGAUGAUCCACCUGUUCAGACUGGAAGUGCGGCGCUGGGCGGUCCUCAGGACAAUAUUCUCCCCGGUGCGGGUAUCGAACAGAUGGGAAUGUCAGCUUUUGGCCCUUCAUCGAAUAUUGGAGCACGUGAUUUCGCACACGACGAGUCAUAUCAACACACGCCGCACGGCAAGUUCAACCUCCACGAUCCCAUGAGCCCAACAAACACAAAUCCAUAUCAGAGCCCUCAAGGUCGCCUGGAGGAGGAUGAACAUGACGGCAAUGAUACUACUUCUCAGGCUUCGGGACUUCCUCCGUUCGGCGCAAGUAGACGAAAUAUGCUGCCUACUACUGACGAACGGGGACAUCCGGGAGCUAAUAUGCGCAGCGCAAGUGGCUUCGGCGGUCUAUCCGGCUUCGGAGGCCUCGCAGGUGGUCCGUCCUGGUCUUCAGCAGGCCUUGGUGCUGGCAAACCGGCUAUGGAUCGUGGCAUGGGGUCUGCCUUUGGCGAUCCCAUUUUCAGCCCCUUGGGUGAUCUUCAAUCUCCAGGCGGUGGCUUAGGAGGCGGCUUUUUUGGCUCUGGCUUUGGCAGUGCCGGCCGCGCAAGUCGCUUAGGUGCGAUGUUCCCCCCAGCCAUGCAAGAGCAAAUGCGAGGUGAUAGUCGAAAUGAGAUGCAGCCUGGCACGUUCGAGUCGCGUCCCGACAGCGCACAACAGCAGUCUAUGCGCGAUGCUUUUGAUAACACCGGCCGCCGCUCCGACGGAUUCGGUCGCGGAUCCAGUCUCUUCGAGGAAUCUCCAUCUAUGAGAAGUGUCGAGGAGGCUAGCCUCCCAGCUGGGGCCUUUCCUCCUGGGACUUCAGGCGCUCCAAUUUCGUCGCUAGCCACUCCGCAGGCGGCUGGACAGAGAGCAAGUGGUGAUUACCAAGCCGGCCACGGGCUCAGCCAGUCCAGCGGCAGUAACUCUUCCAAUCAGUUACCGGCUGCUCAACAACGACAGAUGGUAAUGCCGGAUCGUAUGCGCUGGAUCUAUCGUGACCCUCAAGGCAACACCCAGGGCCCCUUCUCGGGUCUUGAGAUGCACGAUUGGUUCAAGGCAGGGUUUUUUACUGCGGAAUUGCAAGUCAAGAAGCUGGAAGACACCGACUAUGAGCCUCUCGCCCAGCUCGUCCGACGCAUUGGCAACUCUCGAGAACCAUUCCUCGUGCCCCAGAUCGGCGUACCUCACGGCCCACCUUCAACAGGCCAAGGUAAUCACUGGGCCAACCCCUCCAUCGGGGGCCCUGGUGGCUCUGUUCAGCCGCCAUUUGCGAGCAGCUUUCCAAGCUUUGGGACGACGUUGACGGCUGAACAGCAGAACGCGCUGGAAAGACGGAAACAAGAAGAACAAUAUCUCAUGGCAAGACAGAAGGAACACCUCGCUCAGCAGCAAAUGGCAAUGAAACAUAUCCAGAUUCAGAAUGGGAUGCAACCUUUACACCACCAUUCCAGUGCCCACUCUCUACAAAGCCAGCCUAGCUUUGGAAGUAUGACUUCUCCAUCAGGCUUCCAACAACCCAUACAACCACCUCAAAUGGGCGGUAUGCCUUUUGGGCAACAAGGUGCACCUAGCAAUGCCGGCCAAGGCGUUGGUCGCGACGAAGACAUCAACAACAUGAUGGAUCGUAUGAGCUUCAGUCAGAGAACGGGCCAACCCUUCACCAACGCGCCUCUCGGGGCCCCUGCCGAAGGUCCUUCUCCUCAGCAAGUCAACUCAAUGCUUCAAGAUAGAGCUCGCCUCCAACAGCAGCAGCAACAGCAGGGAUCGGAUAUGCGAACACAUCAGGAUGCUUUUUUAGGACCUCAGGGCCGCAACGACCGACUGGAAGAGUUCCGCGAACUGCGUGGGCAGGCGGAAAUCCCAACUGGUCGUCUCGGCCCUGAGGAACCACGACCUCAACCUAUUGGCGCGCAACGCCAGAUGGAAGAGCAGAUGCAACACCGAGCUCCAGGGCCAAUUGGACACCCAGCGCCUCCAGCGAGGUCUGAGCAUGAGCCCCUCUCUUUGGCUCAGCAAGUCCAGAUUGCCGCGGCUAGUCAACUGGCAGCUGCAGAGGAGAGUGCCCGGACGAAGAGAGAUGCUCCCAUCGAACCGCCACCCGUGUCUAUCUCGCCCUUGCCAGCCCCCGCGGCUCAGCGCAACCGACAACAUGUUGCUGAUGCACUAGCAGCGGAAUCGCGUUCGGCCAGCCAAACUCCGAUUGAAACCCCACCUGUUUCUGUCGCGCCGUGGGCUGAACGGACGGCUGAGCAUCCCAAAGGACCUUCGUUGAAGGAGAUUCAAGAGGCAGAAGCUAAACGGGCUGCUGAGCAAGAAGAGCUCGCGGCAGCCGCACGCCGAGCACAGGCUGAACAAGAACGCGUCCAACAGGUCCAGGCACCGAUCCCUGCGCCUGGGCUCCCAUCCACGUCGACGUGGGGCAGUACAGCCUCUCCCGGCACACCCGUUUCGCAGAGUGCCAGCGUCUGGGCCAAGCCAGUUUCUGCUAAAGCUGGCUCUGGCUCUGCGGCUGCGAAGAAGACGCUCGCUCAAAUUCAGAAGGAGGAAGAAGCGCGCAAGCAGAGAGCAGCAGCGGCCGCCUCGGCUGCCGUCGCCGGAAACGUUCAAGCGUCAACAAGCCCAGCCUCAGCUCCUGUUGGCAAACGAUACGCUGAAUUGGCGAGCAAAGUCGCACCAAGUCCUCCUUCCGCGGCCAGUGGUGCCUGGACCACAGUUGGCUCCAGUGGCAAGGCUAAAACUCCUGCUGCAGUAGUUGCAACACCUCAACCAGCCACACGGAGCGUCAGCAGUUCGGCGCCUUCUGGCCCCAAGGCACGACCGACCAUGCAGCCUCAGCGAAGUACAGCACUCUCCAACCAGAGCAAAGCCAACGAGGAAUUCGCCAAGUGGAUUAAGGGUUCUCUGAGUAAGGGACUGAACAACAACAUCAAUGUCGAUAGUUUCGUGCAAGAUUUGUUGCAGCUCCCGCCCGAGAUCGAGAUCAUCUCCGACUCUGUCUAUGCUAGUUCUCAAACCCUGGAUGGUCGUCGUUUUGCAGAGGAGUUCGUCCGCCGACGUAAACUGGCCGACAAGGGUAUCGUGGAGCCCGCCACCAACGGAGCCCAAGCAGGUGGUGUAGACAGCAAGAGUGCCGGUGGGUGGAGUGAAGUUGCGAAGAAAGGACCAGCCGCUGCUCCCAAGGAGGAGAACACCGCCGCGUUCAAGGUCGUCGCCACGAAGAAAAAGGGGAAGCGGUGA